AUGGGCAAGGCCUCGCGGUGGUUCCGCUCCGUUUUCGGCCUCAAAAAGCCCUCCCAACAUUCUCUCACCCAACCGCACACCACCCCCAAGGAGAAGCGGCGGUGGAGCUUCGUGGUGUCCCGGCGGAAUACGGUCGCGGAGAACGAUCACGGCGGCGAGGAAGAGGAGGAUCCGAACGAGCGAGCGAUCGCCGUGGCGACGGCAACGGAGGCAGCGUUGGCUGCCGUUCACUCCGCUGCAGAGGUAGUCCGGCUGACCGGCAGCGGUGGGUCCGGCGGUGAAGGCAGCGCCGUCGUCGGAAGCGGCGGGGGAAGCUCGUCGGCGUACGUCACUGGGGGCCUCGGGCUCCGUGAGGAUUUCGCCGCGCUUAAGAUUCAGGCAGCUUUUCGAGGCUAUUUGGCACGGAGAGCCCUCAAGGCGUUGAGAGCACUGGUCAGGCUACAGGCACUGGUAAGAGGCCACAUUGAGCGGAAGAAAAUAGCAGCUUGGCUGCAGCAGAUGCAGGCAGUGUUGCGAGCUCGCGUCGGACGAUUUCAACUCUCCGAGUCAUCCCAGUCAAGCGGCGGCAAAUCUUCUCAUUCUCACCACCACCACCAGAGUCCAGCUACCCCUGAAAAAUUUGACCAUGGAAACCGUACCAAGAGUGGCAAAUAUGAACCUUCAUCAUUACUCAAGAGGAAUGGGUCAAGAUCCAACGACAACAUGCCACAUUCCUCCCUAAGAAGGGCAGAAACUCGAUCAGACCGCGGUUCGUGGGACCCUCUAGCAGUGGUGAUGGAGGAGGAUGAAAAGAACCGCAGCUACAAGAUCCUGGAAAUCGACAAUGGCGGAGGGAGACACCAUUACCACCAUCACAGCCAGAAUAGACGAAGGAACAAGUUCCACUCGGCCAACCUAAGCUUCUUCUACGACCAGUACAGUCACAGUUUCAUUACAUCAAAGGACACAUGUCCAAGCCCCACCUCCGGCGAAGUCCAGUCCACAAUGUACCCUCUGGAGGUUGUCGACCAGGAAGUGUUCUGCACUGCAGAGAACAGCCCGCAGGUGUUCUCUGCUGCAUCUUCGCGUGGUGGGAAGAAGAGUCCAUUCACUCCCACGAGGAGCGACGUGUCGAGAAGCAGUUUUCUGAGUGCAUUUGCAGACCACCCGAACUACAUGUCAUAUACCGAGUCAGCUAGGGCGAAAGCGAGAUCAUUGAGUGCUCCGAAGCAGAGGCCGCCUCAGUAUGAAAGGUCAGGUUCUGGCAAGAGGUUAGGAGAACCGAGAUCAAGCAGUGCGCAGAGGGCUUCUUCUGUGAGAGCAAGCUUCUCGAGUAAAGGUUACCCUGGUUCGGGCCAGUUGGACAGGAUGGGAAUGCCCAUGUGGCAGAGAUGCUAG